UGGUCGUGUGUUUUUUCCCCCCAUUCCCUUACCUGGUCACUUUCAAAUGACUUGCACAGAGGAAAGUAACUGAAGUAGACCCUCCUUUAUUCUUCAACCACCUGACCGACACACCCACAACGAUUGAUCAGGAAACGCAUCGUAAUAUAUAUUUAAAUCAGGAUGUGAAACCGCAACCCAUAGAACCGGACUCACACACAUAUUUAACAAGUUCACUUCUGUCUAAACUUGUUUUCACUCGGAAUGGGAGAGUCCGGCGGAGGCAUGAAAGGUCCAAGGUUAUGGAUAUUACUUCAGGAAUGGAUUCUACUACAAGCAGUUGUUUGGGGUCCAGAGGCUGCAGAUGGUGUCUGCCUAUGUGAUGACAAUGUUAAUUUCAGGACUUUUGAAUUUAGCCAGGUGAGAGAAGAAUGUUGCUUAAACUUCACUGGUUCUUACAUUGGUACCCUUCAAUGGAAUGUCUUCACAAAUUUGUCAGGAAUCCAGGUCCUGGACCUCUCAAGUUGUAACAUAUCUGACAUUCACAAAAUGGAUGAAAACCCAAGUUCUCUAGAGGCUCUAUAUCUUGAUCAUAAUCAAUUAGAACAAUUACCUUCGGACUUCCUCAUAAACGCACCCAGCUUAAAGAUCCUUCAUCUGGAGAAAAACCAUCUUCAACAGUUGCCUGAUAACCUUUUAAAGGAUUCAGACCAAAUUCAGGAGCUGUACCUAGAUUCCAACAACUUAAAAUCUAUACCUUCAAAUGUCUUGAAACCAAGCCUCAUGAAAUUGUCUCUUUUCAAUAACACCUUGGAGUGUACAUGUGCCUUAUAUGAUGAUUUAGCAAAAUAUGUUACUAAAAAUGUAAGCAUCGGUGGAUCAGAAAACAUGAUUAUGUGCUACACACCAAAGCACACUCAAGGUGUGAAUAUCAUAGACAUUCAUCGCUCAGAUAUCUGUCGUUCCCAUGGUCUCACAGCUCUCUUUAUUUGCCUGCCAUUGCUUGCAAUUCUUGCAGUGGUGUUAUGUUGCUACUGCUGGAAAAGAAGAAGGUCUGAUUUUAAAGCCAUGAGACAAGACAGUCAAAUUUGCACUAUUGAGAAAUCUGGCUUUUCAAAUACAGGGGAUCAUCAGUAUAUAACUUGCAGGACUCCAGAGACAACUCCCAUUCCCACAGGAUAUGAAAACAGUAUUCUCGGCAGAAACCAGUUUAUGUUACGUCCCUCAACAGCCUUGCUGGGUAGUAACCGUGAUUUGUAUGAAGAAGUGGAAAUUAAGCCAAGUGUUUCUGUUGACUCAGUCACAUGUGUUGAUGUGUCCAAUAAUAAAGUGCAAGAAGAUAGAGUUGAGGAAGACCGUGCUGAGCCAGAAUUAGUGAACGUCACAGAGGAGUUACAAGAGUCAGAUCAUCAAAGGCUCUACAUGAAUAAGACAGCAAAUUACUACAAUCUAGUUCCUGACAUUGAAUUAGAUGAUUCUGACCAUGGUGAAUAUGAAAAUAUCGAUUUGACCUCGUGAUGUGGGAUCAUUUGUAUAAAAGACUUCACAAAAGCCAGAGUGAAACAUUUGACAGUAUGCAAGAAUGAUGAAGAUGGACUGAGAACUUGUAUUUUAGCACAUUUACAUGAAGAAUAAAAACAGAAUAAUUGAUGUGGUAGAGAUACCUUACUGAGGUUAAAAUAUAGACCUACUAUUGGGAUAAUACCAAUAACAUUAUAACUACUUGUUAACAUACGGGAUAUUAAAGCAAUGUUUUCACCUAGGUCCAAGACAUAGUUCAAAAUUAAAGUUGCAGUUCCAUUGGCAGUUUCCAUCAAUGAGAAUCAAAGUUCCAGCAAAUAAAUCCAGAACAAGUCAGGAGAGUCACAAGGGAGAGAAGUGGUCCAAAAUGGUGCAAGUUCUAUUAUUCUCUUGAUAACUUUGAAUGUUUGUCAAGUAUAAUCCAAUUGGAAGUGUGGACUGUCUUUAUGGAAGGCACCAAUAGUUCAGUCUAGGAAUUUGAACCUAUUUUACACUAACUCACCUAGGGUACUGAGUGUAUUUGGGAGUGAAUGCUAAGUUUGUAGCCCAUUUGAUUGAAAUUAACAGAGAGCACAAUUUGAAUUUACACAACUCACAUUAAGGCUAAAAUAGACGCUCACCAGUUUGAUCAGAACUCUAUACCAUGUUUAUAGUGGCUCAUUGUUUAAAUUUAAUAAUCAGUACCAUGAGAAAAAAGUCUUGUCUUUUCAUGCUGUCAUCAUUUCUUAAACUGAAAUCUUACAUGCAAUACUUUCUGACAGGUGAAACUGCCUGUUUGACCAGUUCAACAAGAUAUUUGGAAUGAACCUCCAUCCGAUCCAUGGUGGCACAGUGGUUAGCACUGCUGCCUCACAUGCCAGAGACCCGGGUUCAAUUCCUGCCUCAGGUGA